AUGCGUAACAUAUCAUCCGAAGAAAUGGCCAAAAAGAAGACAAAAGCAAAGGACUUCCAGAAGACAAAGCUAAAGGUCGGCCGAAGACUUCUUGGCCCACAAAAUGAGACCAAAACUGAGUUCAAGUCAAAGAAGAUUGUGUUGAAAGAAAUGGUCUCUCGAUCUAAGGAUCCGAUUAAGACAUUUGUGUCACCGCUGAUGACCAUUGUCUUAACGUAUAUCAACUGCGGUCUCACUAAUAUCGACGCCAAUGUGAGCAACGAUUCGCUAAAACUAUUAUCUUAUUUGAUAGACUUCUGCGACAACUCUUUAUUCAAUAAACUCAUGCAAACCGUAAACACAAGAAUUGCCAACAAAUCAAACAUCGAUUCAAAUGUGUUUGAGAUUUGCUUCAAAUUGGUUUCGCUUAUGGCUAAAGAGGACCGCAACUCGACUCUAUUGAAUCCCAAAGAGGCGCCAGUAAUGCAGUGGUCGACAGAUAACUGUUAUUGCGAUCUCAAAGCAAUCGCUUAUAAGAAGCCAUCGUUUGAAAUGAAUCUCACUUUUCAAACCACUUCUUCGAUUGACGUAAAGGAAAAGUUCAUUAAAUGCCUCAAAGAUAUCGUUGACAUUGAAUUGAAGAGUUUGUUCACAAAAGAUGACAAGCAGUUAACACUAUCCGUAAAUGAGGCCCGAAAAGCAAUAUUCGCGGCCAAAAUCAGUUCAACCAUUGGCUUACCCUUUGACACGAGACAAGAUUUGCCGACAUUUAGUCGUCAAGUGUUUUGGCACUCAUCGGCGCAUAUGAUGGGCGAAGCGGUGGAGCGUCUGUACGGAAGUCAUCUCUGUUACGGCCCUCCCAUCGAGAAUGGCUUCUAUUAUGACGCCUAUAUGUGUGGCUGCGCUCCGGGAUCCGAGUCUUCAGAGCUGAACUCAGUAUCGACUUCUCAUUACCCAAAAAUUGACGCUUUGGUCAAAACCAUAAGCAAUGAGAAGCAACUCUUCGAGAGACUGGAACUAUCGAAAGACGAAUUGAUUGAAAUGUUUUCGUAUAACAAAUUCAAAGUCAGGAUUUUGAAGGAGAAGAUCAAAGAGGAGAGAACCACUGUUUACCGGUGCGGCACUCUUAUCGAUCUCUGUCGGGGACCACAUGUCAGACAUACCGGAAAUGUCAAGGCUUUCAAAGUGACCAAAUCGUCGUCAUCGUAUUGGGAGGGAAAGGCAGACCAGGAGUCGUUGCAAAGAGUUUAUGGCAUAUCAUUCCCGGAUCCGAAACAAUUGCGCGAAUGGCAGCGAAUCCAAGAGGAGGCGGCUAAACGUGAUCACAGGAAGUUGGGUCGAGAACAGGGACUCUUCUUCUUCAACGAACUCAGCCCCGGCUCGUGUUUCUUCACUCCCAGAGGGGCUCACAUUUACAACACUCUUAUGGACUUCAUUCGGAGCGAAUACCGAAAGCGCGGCUUUCAAGAAGUGAUUUCUCCGAAUAUAUAUAAUUUCAAGUUAUGGCAAAUCUCAGGACACGGCGACCACUACGCGGACAAUAUGUUUCUGUUCGAUGUGGACAAAGAGAAGUUCGGACUGAAGCCGAUGAACUGUCCCGGACAUUGUCUUAUAUUCGACUCCGAUGUCAGGUCGUGGCGGGAAUUGCCGCUCCGAUUGGCUGACUUCGGUGUUCUGCACCGAAACGAAUUGUCCGGCGCUUUGACUGGACUGACACGUGUGCGACGCUUCCAACAGGACGACGCGCACAUCUUCUGCACCAAUGAACAGAUAUCUGAAGAAAUCAAAGGCGCGCUCGACUUUCUUCAAAAGCUCCACACCUUGUUGCGGCUCCUCCGCAACCGCUUCCGUUACCUAAGGCACCCAGAGUUCAUAUUCGUAAAUCCCGGCGACGGAGCCUUUUAUGGACCAAAAAUCGAUAUCACGGUUAACGACGCUCUGAAGCGUCCGUUUCAAUGCGCAACCAUUCAAUUGGAUUUCCAGUUGCCGUUGAGAUUCAAUCUGAACUACAGCGCAGAGGACGGCACUAAGAAAAGGCCGGUCAUUAUUCACAGAGCGAUUCUCGGAUCUAUUGAACGAUUCAUUGCUAUAAUUACUGAAAAUUUCUCCGGAAAAUGGCCAUUUUGGUUAUCUCCACGACAGGCCAUUGUUCUGCCGAUUGGACCAAAUGUUAACGAAUACGCAGAGCGUGUGAAGAAGGAGUUAUACGAAGCCGGCUUCCAAGUGGACACUGAGUUAGAUCCGGGACUUACUAUCAAUAAGAAAGUAAGAAAUGCUCAGUUGGCUCAAUACAACUUCAUUCUGGUUGUCGGCGACAAAGAGUUGGCCAACAAUAGUGUGAACGUCAGAACCAGAGAUAAUAAAAUACACGGCGAGUGUUCGUUAGAACAGUUGAUCCAAAAAUUCAACCGAUUUAAAGAAACCAGGAUUUUAAACGCAGAGGAAGUGUUCAAUGAAUGAGAACUAUAUCUGAAUUUACUAUUAAAUUGAUUUUUUAAAUGGAAAUAUAAAAUA